AACUAAUUAUCCUCCAAACUUUUCUCCCAAAAUUUCUUUCUACCACAUAUAAAAAAAAUAUUUGUUUUCUUCUCAUCUAUUUUUUUACUACAAACUAUUUUCUAAAACUGUCAAUAUUGUUUUAAAUUGUUUGAUUCAUAAAGAACUUAAAUCCUUUCAGCCCUUACCCCUAUUAGACUUAGAUUAAUCCUACCUACAACACCUUUGUUUUAUAAGCAGUGAAGCCAAUUACCUCAUUAGCAUCGACAUAUUCUCCUUUCCAUAAAAAGAAUAAUGGAUGAUAUAGAGUUCAAGAAGGUUUUUCAAAUGUUUGAUAAGAACGGAGAUGGGAGAAUUUCAAAGGAGGAAUUGAAUGACUCAUUGAAAAAAUUAGGUAUUUUUAUCCCCGAUGACGAGUUAACACAAAUGAUCAAAAAAAUUGAUGUCAAUGGUGAUAACUACGUCGAUAUUGAGGAGUUUCGUGAGUUGUAUCAAUCCUUUAUGAAUGAUAAGGAUGAAGAGGAAGAUAUUUUAGAGGCUUUCAAGGUUUUUGAUCAAAAUGGAGAUGGUUACAUUUCUGUCGAUGAGCUAAUGUCUAUUUUGGCUUCACUUGGGCUUAAACAAGGGAAAACUAUUGAAGAUUGUAAAAAGAUGAUAAUGAAAGUUGAUGUGGAUGGUGAUGGUAGGGUUAAUUUUUUAGAAUUCAAGCAAAUGAUGAAAGGGGUUGGUUUUAGUGCUUUCAGUUGACUUGAAAGGAAAAAGGGCUAAUUUAGGGUUUCUUGAUAGUCUCAGAUAAAACAAGAUGAUCUUCGGCUUCACCUUAUGGUUGGAUUGUAUUGGUUAUACCUAGUAUGCAUGCAUGUAAAUGUCACAAUUAUGACUAAUGGCUUGCUACCAAUUGUGAAAAACAUCAUCACAACACCAAAAUCAAUGCUAUGACUAACUUGAAGAUAGGAGAGUGAAAGAUAAUGCAAUGGGGAUGGUAGGAACAUUUUCUAUCACCAACUAUGAAAGUAGUAGUACAAAUUUUGUUAUUGGAAUUUUCAUUUUGUUAUGAUUUCCAAGCUUGUAAGAUUGGUUUAAGAUUGAUCUUAUUUGUCUCCAAUACCUCAUUCCCAUCCUUUUUCUAAUGUGUGUUAUCUUUUCUCUUCAUUCUUAGUGCAAAUUAAUAUAUGAUUUGUUUAAAUGGACGGGAAAAAACUCUUUCUU